AUUAGGCCCCCACAACCUCCUUUAAAGAAAAAAACAAAAAAAAAAACCACUAUAAAAACAUCUCAGAUUUACAUAAUCCAACUUCAACUCGUUCAUUCAUUCAUAUAUCUUCCCCUUUACAUUUACAUCUAUAAAAACAUCACAUUCACUAAAUCCAAAGUUCACCUCAUUCAUUCAUAUAUAUAUAUCUUCCCCUUUACAUUUUACAUUUCUCCUCCAAAGAAUAAAAAAACUACACCGUUUAAACUGAUCCAUUAUUCCGAUCACGAUGGCGACGGAAACGGCGGUGAUCGUAGUCGGCGCCGGUCCGUCGGGGCUGGCGACGGCUGCAUGCUUGAACAACCUCUCCAUACCAAACAUAGUUCUAGAAAGGGAAGAUUGUUUCGCUUCUUUGUGGAAGAAGUAUUCCUACGACCGACUCCAUCUCCAUUUAGCCAAGCCCUUUUGCCAGCUGGCCCUGAAGCCGUUCCCGGAUUCUUACCCCACUUUCGUUUCCCGGGCCCAGUUCCUGGCCUACCUUGACGACUACGUGGCCCAUUUCAAGAUCAGCCCGGUUUACAAAAGAUCGGUCGAGUCAGCCGAGUACGAUCAGGAGACCAAGAGGUGGAGAGUUAUGGCUCGGAAUCUGGGUGGUGGUAAUGGUGACGUGACGGAGGAGUUUUCCGGCAGGUUUCUGGUGGUGGCGACCGGAGAAACCAGCGAUGUGUUUGUGCCGGAAGUUCCCGGGUUGGAUACUUACGGCGGUGAAGUGAUCCAUUCGACGAGGUAUAAGAACGGGAAAGGCUAUGAGAAUAAGAACGUUUUGGUCGUCGGGUCCGGGAAUUCCGGCAUGGAAAUCGCUUUUGAUCUGUCCAACUACGGCGCCAAGACCUCUGUCGCCGUCCGGAGCCCGAUUCACGUUUUGUCAAGGGAAAUGGCUAGCAUGGGACUGUUUGCACUGAAAUACCUUUCGUUAAACACUGUUGACUCCAUUUUAGUAUUCCUUAGCAAGCUUUGGUACGGGGACUUGACCAAGUACGGGAUCAAACGACUGGAAGGAGAAGGCCCCUUCACUGCCAAGACCAAUUCCGGCAAGUACCCCGUCAUCGACGUCGGAACCAUCCGCAAAAUUAAGUCCGGCGAGAUUCAGGUGCUGCCGGCGGUAGAAAGCGUGAGGGGCAAUGAAGUGGUGUUUAAAGACGGCAAAAGUUACCAGUUUGACUCCAUUAUUUUUGCUACUGGAUUUAAAAGAUCUACAAAUAACUGGCUCCAGGUACCAAUGCUACAUUUCUAUUAGAUUUUCUUUGUCUAUUAGGUUUAAGUCACUAACACUUACGUAGAUAUUUUUAAUAUUCUCCCUUAUUUUCUCCUUCAAAUCACAAUCUUCUGUGAAUUUUACUCGAAUUAACUAAAAUCCACUAUGACGAAUUAUUAUAUCAUGCCAGAGUUUGAGAGGACGAGAAUUGAGAGUUUUAUAAUCAUUCGAUUCUCAUUUCCCUAAUCACAAACUAAUUGCUUGUUAAUCAAUUCAGCUUAAAUUGUCAUGCAUGUGAUAAUAUUCUUCCAGCUAGUGAUGGUAUCAUAUCAUAUGUCAACAAUUAUAAGCCUGUUAUUAACUCAUACUUGAGGUUAACCAAAAAAAAACUCAUACUUAAGAAAGAGAAACAAAAAGGAAAAAAAAAAAAUUCAAAAAGAAGUAGAAUGAGUAAUUCAACGUUGUACUCUUUCUUUUUUUUUUCUCUUUUCAAUCUUCAUCACACACAUUACUUGGUUUCGCAGGGGGAUGACUAUCUUCUGAACGAGGAUGGACUUCCAAAGCAAAGUUUCCCUAAUCACUGGAAAGGAACCAAGGGUUUGUACUGUGCUGGUUUGGCUAGAAAAGGAUUGUAUGGAGCUGCUAUGGAUGCCCAACUCAUUGCCAAGGAUAUCAAUGAAGCUCUAUCUCAGUGAUUUUUAUAUACAUCCAUCAUAUAAUUAAUUAGUACACCAGCUUGAAUAAAUUACUAUGUGUUGUAGCUUUAGCAAUGUAUGCUAAGAUUUACUUCCUUAGUUUUAUACCCUGAAUUUUGUUUUACCUAAAAAAUUUAUACAGUUCCCUUUUAUGUAGUUGAGCUUGUGAAAGCCACCCUUUGGUUUAGAAACAAUAAAUGUUGUCCUCUUCUUUAAAGUUUUACGCCUCAUUUAUCCUGAUAUUAAGGUUCUGAAAUUACCAGGAAAUUUCCUCUUUCUUUAAGACCA